AUGCUUCAAACGCUCUUUCUUUCGAUUCUCCUGACUAUCCCGGCUCGUCCUGGUGACGCACAAUCAGUAAGCUGCGAACUUGUUGUACGCCCGCUAAAGCGGCAUAACAUUGGCUCUAAGAUUCAGUCGGUCUUUGAAACAACAUGGAACCAAACCAAGCUUUUCUCUUACUCAGGGCCGUCCAAUUUGAACUUCGGUUCUUCCAGUGGUUCUGCGACUGCCGCCAUCAAUAUUCAGGAAAAUACCGUAUAUCAACAGAUGGAUGGAUUCGGUGCCUCGCUGACGGAUUCCGCCGCCUACGUGCUGAAGCUGCUCAAGCAAAACGAUUCCUCCAGCUAUUCAUCCCUACUGUCAAUGAUGUUCAACCCAAAGGAUGGAGCUAACAGCGCAGGCAUUAGCUUUAUCCGCAUACCUCUGGGAUCCUCGGAUCUUUCGCUGUCGGCCUACUCCUACGAUGAUGUAGCCUCUCAAGACCCAAAUAUGCAAUCGUUUACCUUGGAUACGCUCCCUUCCAUUGUUCUUGAAGUUGUGUGUGAUAUCCAACUCAUCAACCCAUACGUUAAAUACUACUUCGUUCCGUGGUCGCCUCCUGGAUGGAUGAAGGACUCGAAUUCCCUCUUAGGCGGAUCGUUCCAGAGUGCCUUCACCGAUGCCUAUGCAAAAUACUUAUUUCGCUCAAUUAUGGCGUGGCAGGCGAAAGGAAUUCCGCCAUUCUACAUCAGUAUCCAGAAUGAACCUCUUUACAACAACCCCACAUAUCCUACAGCACUGAUCUCAGCAAAUGACAGCGCCCAAAUUGCCAUCCGGCUGCGAAAACUGUUAGAUGGUCAGGGUUUCACAAGUGUCAAGAUACUAGGCUACGAGGAUAAUUGGGACAGUUUGGAUUAUGCCAACUCUGUCUUAUCUACAGGUUCGAGUGCAUAUUCAGGAGUCGCCUUCCAUUGUUACGCGGGGGAUCCCAGCAUAAUGUCGCAGAUGCAGGAAAGCUGGCCGAAUACGUGGAUCUACCAAACUGAGUGUGCUUCCACUACUGGUACAGAUUGGUGGUCCGAUAUCAAAUGGCAAACGGAACGAAUUUGGAUAGGCUCACCGAAUUAUUACUCCCGUACUGCCGCCAUGUGGUCCUUGGCUGGUGAUCCUUCGGGGGGGCCCUUGCUUCCCGGAACCAACAGCUGUGGCCAGGGAUGCCGUGCCAUGGUCAGUAUUGUGGGAAGCAACUACACUCUCAAUCAGGAAUUCUAUGGACUUGCUCAUGCCAAUAAAGCGGUCCUUCCGGUCGAUGCUGGUGGACCCACCGGAGAGCGUAUUCAAUCUUCUAUUACGGGGUCUAACGCUGGGUCACUUCUGGCGACAACAUACAGGAUACGUCGCUCCAAGGCAGGCAAUCCUACACGAUAUACAAUGGUGGUACUAAAUUCGGCUGACUCAGGGCCUAACCCGGGUCCCAUCACAUGCGACAUCCAGUUUCGAGGGAAACAUCUAACGUAUCCAUUCCCAGUUGGUUUGACUACGUAA